AUGAUGCAUCGUGAUGAAGAAAAAUAUUUUGAUUUUUUCCGUAUGCAUUUGCAAAGUUUAAAUGAAUUAUUUACUCUUAUUAAACCACACAUUACAAAACAGACUGUGGUGAGGACUCCCAUUCCAGCAAAAACUCGUUUUGAAAUCUGCAUUUGCUAUUUAACUACAGGUGAUAGCUUUCAGUCUCUUAGUUAUGCUUUUCGAGUAGCACCAAAUACAAUAUCUAAAAUUGUAUCAGAAACUUGUCAAGUUAUUUGGGAUGUUCUGGCUGAAAUAGUUUUUCCAGAACCAACAGAACAGUUGUGGUAUCAGAAAGCAUGUGAUUAUGAAGAUUUGUGGGACUUUCCUAAUUGCAUUGGGUCUAUAGACGGUAAACACGUUGUCUUACAGGCACCAUAUAAGAGUGGUUCUAUCUAUUAUAAUUAUAAAGGUCAACACAGUAUUGUAUUGCUUGCCAUAACAGAUGCAAAUGGAUUAUUUACUGUAGUAGACAUAGGAGCAGAAGGAAGACGUAGUCAUGGAGGAAUUUUUAUGCACAGCGAUCUUGGUAUCAGUCUAAACAAUAAUGAAGUCAGUUUGCCUCCAUCAAGACAAUUAGAAGAAAAUGGUCCAAAUUUACCUUAUGUGCUAGUUGGAGAUGAAGCAUUCGCUCUUACUAACUACAUGAUGAGACCAUAUUCUAGAAGAAAUGAUUUAGAUCUUUCUGAAAAAGUGUACAACUACAGACAUUGUAGAGCCAGAAGAAAUGUUGAAUGUUCUUUUGGAGUGUUAGCAGCACGGUGGAGAGUUUAUCGUAAACCCAUGGAAACCUCAGUUACUACUUCUGUUAAAGUUGUUCAAGCAACAGUAUGCUUGCAUAAUUUUCUAAUGGCUAAAGAUAUAACUCGAUCACUUCAAGAGAGGCAAUAUUCCCAAUUUCUUCCAGCAGAAAGAGAUGCACCUGCACAUGCACUUCAUGAUCUGCAUGUUCAAUAUGUAAAUAUAAAUAAUGCUACUGGGAUAAGAGAUGCAUUUAAGCAAUAUUUUAAUACAACUGGUGUUAUUGAACAACAAUGGGAGAGAGCAUUGCAAAAUAAUUUUUAA